AUGGAAUUACUGUUAAAAUCAUUUGUCAGCGUGUUUGUGGGAGCUGGUAUUCUUUACAUUUUGGUAUGGUGUGGAUAUUUUGAUGCUGCGACCACGGAAGAUGGUUACAAGUAUUAUGCCGAGAUGGAAAAUCCAGACUGGGGUUUUAUUCAGUUUCCUAAGUGGUUAAAAAUGCCUGCAAAUUCUGUUGUCAAUGCGGGUUAUACAAUACUCGGAUUCAUCUGGAUUUACAUCGCUAGAGUGGACUCAACAAAGUGCCUCACUCAGAUGGACAAAUAUAUGUUUUAUAUUUUCUCUUGGAAAGCAGUUGUAUACGGUCCGGCCCAGUAUGCUAGAAUUGCUACCCAAGCACACCGAUGGGCCAUACUGGAUCAAUGGUACACUUUUCCUUUCUUUGCAUGGGUUACAGUGUGGGGUCAAUACGUUCUCCAUGGGUGGAACAGUUUCCGUACUGCAGUGGUUAUGCUGUUAUCCUGCUCAAGUUAUAUUCUCACUCUUGUUCACCACCGGGGAUUUGAAGUUGCCCUAGGUAUACAUAUACUCUUUGCAGUGGAUACUGCAGUCAAAGUUCACUUGAAACAUCCCGUCAAAUCCAACAUAAUUGUCAUAAUCUGUGCCGUUCUCUCCUGUGCUGGAUUUGUUUGCUUAAAACUAUUAGACAUAUAUUUAGCUCAGUACAAACCAUUCCAAUAUUUAACAGGUCACUUUUGGUCUAAAGUAUGUGAUACUUUGCAAAUUCAUUUUGUAUGUAAAUUUUUCCAUAAUAUUUAUAAGCAUAGAAAUAUGGAUAUCAAGCGAAAAUGA